AUGCAAAGAGACUUGAACAUUCCUUCCCAUCUCCAAAGAAUGAAGUCGAAUGGCGAAGUUGAUGUAUAUGAUUUCGUUUCUGAACUCGGAGAAGGUGGUUUCGCUUCAGUUUUUCAUGUUCGCCGAGAAAGUGAUCACAAAUCAUUUGCAUUGAAAGUAAUACCACAUGAGGCUCUUCAAAAUGAGAACUUUAAAGCUAAACAUUUCGCAGAAAUCGAAAUUCAAUCAAAAAUGGAUCACAAAAACAUUGUUAAAUCAUAUGAUCACUUCAAAGAUGAGAACAAUACGUAUAUAUUGAUGGAAUUAUGCCUCAAAGGCAAUGUAAAAAAUUAUCUUUCGAGAAAAGGCGCAUUAUCUGAAAAAGAAGCGGCAAAGAUCAUCAAAUCUGUCUGUUCUGGCGUCAAAUACUGUCAUGAUCAUCAUAUUAUUCAUAGAGAUCUUAAAUUAGAUAAUUUUAUGAUUUCAGACGAUGGAGACAUCAAAAUCAUUGAUUUUGGUGUUUCAGAGAUAGUUAGUGAUAGCAAGAAAAAAGACUUCGUUUUUGCUGGUACUCCUAUGUACAUGGGACCAGAAGUUAUUGGCCUUCAUCAAUACGGCUACCAAGUUGAUAUAUGGGCCAUAGGAAUAUGCACGUUCGAAUUACUUACGGGACAUCCACCUUUCGAAGCAAAUAAUAUGAAAGAUAUGUCGAAAUUGAUUGUAUCAGGCGAAUUUCGUUUUCCACCGAACAUACAACUAUCUUUUGUAGCAAAAGAUUUUAUAGAAAGCGCAUUACAAGUAAAACCAAGCCUAAGACCGAAUAUUAGAGAAUUAUUAAAACAUCCGUUCCUACAGCUUGCAGAUAAAGAAGAAACUAAAGAAGUAAAGCAUCCAGCGCAUAUGGAUACAGCGCCUACUUAUGCCGUCCAGUCAUAUUUGAUUGACAAAAAAGGAAAUCUUGCUUAUUUGAUGUUGGAUGGCACUUGCGGAUCCAAUUUUACAGAUGGAACUCGUAUAAUUUUGGAUAUUAAUGAAGACUUCAUGCAAAUCUGGGCUUCAACUGAUGAAGUUCGUCCUGUUAUUGUUCCAAUGACAGCUGCUGAUAAAAAACAGGUACAAAUUUCAUUUAUAUUGAAGGCAGCAAAGGAAAUGAAGUCGAGAUGCGAAAUUCCAAAGCGAGAUAAGCUCAAUCCCAAGAAAUUACUUCCAAAUGUGAAAUAUUGGAAGAAGGACGGGGAUUGUAUACUAUUUAGAAUGGAUAAUAGAGUAGUUCAAACAAAUUUUGCUGGCGGAAAGGUCAUUUUCGUUGAUUUUACAAAUAAAUUAUAUUUACAUUUGCAAAAUCUUCAGGAUGGUAGUGUUUAUAUACCACUGGAAGCAGCAGAAAAGAAUCCACAGGAAAAAGAACUAUAUUCUGCUAUCAAAGAUAUUCUUAAUAAAUUGUUCAAAUAA